UGACAGUCAUGACAGUCUCACAAAAAAGACUAGCAAUAUAGCAUCAUACGCGUCCUUGCGCGUGUUGUUUACGACGUAUAUCGUUUAUAAUACAAGGACGUAGGAUAUUUUAUGAAUUUUUCUUAUUGAAGAGCUGCGAAUACACAUAUAAUGGCGCAAAUAGGGAACGUGACGGCAGAUCAAUUAAUCGCUGGUACCAGCGUGCUGUCGAGACCCGCUGAAGAAUUUGAAAAUGAUCCGUCUCUGGAGGCAAUGUGGGCAAUGAAAGCCAUGGAACAUGCAGAGGUUUAUUUCAAUAUUUUAUGCUCGGUUGAUCCAAAGCUUUUGAAACUGACACCUCACGACGAGCAGAUCUAUAAGACUUUUAAGGAUACCUUUCCCAGUAUGAAAGUGGAUAAAGUGGACGAAGACGAAUUGAAAUCUCUAGAGGGGAAGACAAAGUGGAGGUUCUUCUGUGAACAGUUUAAGGACAUUGUGGAGGACUAUAGUUUUGGUACAUUAUUGAGAGCAGAUUGCACCGGAGAUUAUUCGGAGCAGAACAGCAUACUAACAACCAGGAUACAGUUUUACGCUAUAGAACUCGCAAGGAACAGAGAUGGCUUCAAUGAUGGCGUAAGAGAAAGAUUCAGACCGAAAAGGACUGUAAGAAAAUAGCCAAUUUUAAUAUUACAUUAACAUUAUUGGAAACCGAUUCAGAUAUACAAUUUUUCUAUUACUUUUUUUUUAAUGUAAGAGACAAAUAAUGCGAGAGAGAAUUUUGUAAGAUAUACAUAUAAUAAAAGACAUAUAUAAUAA